AAAAGAAGAAAAAGACCAUAGUAACCCGAUCCAACCACAGUAAAAUCCGGGCCCAAAGAAUAAAACCCAGGCAAAACCCCCCAAAAUCUCUCUUCUUCGUCAUUUUCGACGAUGAUGGCUCUCCGACCGAGAACCAACCACCGAACCCUCACAAACCCAUCUCUCAUUCACGUCUUCUCGACUUACCCAUCCGACUCAACCGACCCAACUGAACCCAACCCCCAGUCCGACUCCUCCUCUCUCUCCAAUUACUUCAGCGAUGUCAAAGCCAGCCUCAGGCAACAGUCACAGUCACAGUCACAGCAACAACACAGCAGACCCACUUCAUACUCACAGCAACAACACUUCAGACCCACUUCUCAGAACAACAACCCUUCUCUCUCCCGGCCUUCCAAGGCUGCCUCUCUGGAGGAAAUCCGCAAAAACCUUGCGGAGUUUCGGCUUCGAUCCAUUGGGCCAAACCCCACUGAAUCAAACUCUGCACCUCCACCUCCACCUCCGAACCCCAUUUCGUUUGAGAAGCUCUAUAACAAAGGCGUGAGCAGCCGCAAGAUGGAGUUUCAGACGGUUCGGGAGAGUCUGAAGCUCAUAAGGCUCAAUGCGAAUGAGCAGAGUGAGAGGAAGGGUGGGGGAUUGUCGUUGUUGAGGUUCAAAAGUUUGGAUAUGAAUCCGAGGCAGGAUGUGGGUGUUAGGAAGGGAGCACUUACAAGUUUAUUUGAUAAGGAGAAGGAGAGAAGUGGAGAGAAGAGCUCGGAUGCAUUGAAGACUGAGUUUGUGAAGAUUUAUAGCUAUAAAGAGUUGGGGGAGAAGCUGAGGAAGUUGAGGCCCGAGGAAGGGAAGGAAGGGGGCGGGUUUACAUUGGGGGAGUUCAGUGAGAGGUUGGUCAAGUUGAGGAAGAUGGAAGAGAAUGAGUCCGAGUCUUGGGUUGGGGGAUGGAAUACUGACUUGAAGCAGAGCUUGUUGAAGAUAUCCGGAGAGGAGAAGCAUAGGAAAAGUCCGAUGCAGAGGCUUCAUAUGAUAGAUAUAGGUCAAACUCCUGAUUAUAUGAUGAAACCCCCAAAGGAAGGCUUGGUUGAGAAGCAUUUCCAUCCAGAUAACAUGUCUUCUGCAGAAAAGCUGAAAAUUGAGCUUGGCAAAGUUAGAGAUGAAUUUAAAAUGUCAGAGUCAGAUUGUGGUUCUGCACGAGUUCAAGUGGCACAACUCACAACUAAGAUCAAGCAUCUAUCUUCAGUUCUACACAAAAAGGAUAAGCAUUCACUUAAGGGUCUUCAAGCAAUGGUGCAGAGGAGGAAGAAGCUAUUGAAGUAUCUCCGAAGAACUGACUGGGACUCUUACUGCCUUGUUCUCUCCAAACUUGGUCUCCGGGACACGCCAGAUGUCAAACAAGAGUACAAGAAACAUUACAAGAAUUAGAGUAUUUGAAUACGUUCUCUCUUUGUUUCGUCAGUAAUUUACCUGUCUGGUCAACCAUACAUUCAAAAUUCUGUAUGGAUAGAAAAUGAAAUAGAUAGUUCAUGUUGGUUUCAUCUC